AUGUUGGCUGAAACACGCGGGAACAAGAGAUUACUAGGCGUCGUCGGCGCCGCCUCCCUCUGCCUCCUCCUCAUAACAUACCUCAGCAUCCCCACCCCACACAAAGACGCCGUGCUAUCCGCCGUCUCCAGCAAAGCCUCCCUGAUGAGCCGGCCAAAGUCACAAACAGAACCCUCCAAAAAGCACGGAUCCGUGCUUGAAGCCGCCUCGAACCGGACGCUGGGCCUCGACUCGAUCGUGUUCCUGAACCUGCCGCACCGCCACGACCGGUACGACGCCAUGGCAAUCCAGUCGCACCUCUCGGGGAUCGACGUCACGCGCUUCCCGGCCGUCGACGUCGCCGACGUCCAAAACGACAAAGGCAUGCCCCCGACGUCGAAACCAGGCGAGCUGAAGGACGGCGAAAAGGGCUGCUGGCGCGCGCACGCAAACGUCUGGCAGCACAUGCUGGAAAGGAAGAUCCCGGCCGUGCUGGUGCUCGAGUCGGACGCCGGGUGGGACGUCAACCUGCGGCCGAUCAUGGGGCGGCUCAACGGCGGGUUUCGCAAACUCCUCCAGCAGGACAACCCGGACGUCGUGUUUGAAGACGACCCCGACGACCCCUGGCUCGCGCGCUCCGGCGUCUGGGACAUUUUAUCCCUGGGCCACUGCUACGACACGUCGAGGGGCAACUUUGUCGUGUACGACGACCCGCACGCGCCCAGCUCCGACUUCAAGUGGGGACCCGUCGAGGAGCCGCUGAACCAAAAACGCGUCGUCUUCCGCGCCAAGUCCAUCGUUUGCACGACGGGGUACCUAGUCUCCCUGUCGGGCGCGGCGCGGCUCCUCGUGCGCUCCAGCUUCGACCUCGACAACCCCGUCGACGUCAUGAUGGCCAUCAUGACAGAGGUCGGGGAGCUGAGGACGUACGCGCAGCACCAGCGCAUCAUCGCGCAGUGGGAGUACAUUGCCGGCAUCGGCAAGUCCGGCAGCAACAGCGACAUCAGGGCCGACGCGGGCCACGUGGAGGGCACCAAGGAGGGCUGGGAGAAGGCAAAGGCGCGGAAGAGCACGGUCGAGCUCAGGCAGGAGUGGUUCGCGGAUGUACAUUUUAGGGACUUUGCGCUGGGCAAGGCCUGGCGGAACGUCUUUGGGCAUGAAUGA